CAACAAUAUAGGGAUAUUAUGUGAAAACAAUGGGUUCGUCAUUUUUAGAGACGUUUUACUGGAUUGACUAAGUACCGGAAUGAUAGCGGCAUCGUUUUAGCUCACCGCUUUUGGUGAAGGGCGCCGUUUGAAAGGCCCGUUGUCUGUUACGGACUCAGUGUUUUUCUUGUUCGUCUCCCGGGCCUGGCGCUAGCUGCCUACACUUUAGCGGCGGGUUGCUACUUUCCUAUGAGCGGGCAAUAGAUCUAGAGGAGGCGGAUGCGGAGUUUAGGCUACCCGGAGGCAAAAUAACCCCGUUGAGCGUCAAAGAGAGUUGUAGGAUGGAUCCAGACAGUGGGGCAGAAACACAAAGAGCUCUCAGUUUGCAGUGGAAGAGCUACAAGCUCGUCCAAGACCCAGCCAUUCGGAGGGUCACGCAGAAAAUAUACAGAUAUGAUGGAGUGCAUUUCAGUGUGCCAGACUCCGGGUUUCCUCCUGUGGGAGAUCUGCGAGACCCCAGACCUCGGAGAAUAUGGUCCAGAUACACAGAGCUGUCCCUACCUGUGCCCAAGUUUAAGCUUGAUGAAUUCUACGUGGGUCCCAUACCCCUCAAAGAGGUGACCUUUGCUAGACUCAAUGACAACAUCAAGGAACCUUUCUUGGCGGAAAUGUGCGCCAAGUUUGGUGAGGUGGAGGAAAUGGAGAUUCUGUUUCACCCUAAGACCAGAAAGCACUUGGGCCUGGCCAGGGUGCUGUUCACCAGCACCAGAGGAGCAAAGGACACGGUCAAGCAUUUGCACAACACCUCUGUCAUGGGCAACAUCAUUCAUGCUCAGCUUGAUAUCAAAGGCCAACAGAGGCAAAAGUAUUAUGACCUGAUAGUGAGUGGCUCCUACACUCCUCAGACUGUGCCCCUCGGAGGCAAGGCUUUGGCAGAGCGGCUCCAGCCUCAGGCCCCUACACAGCCUGACACGUCAUCAGACAUCAGACGGAGGCUCUCCAGUGACCUUGCGGUUUUAGCUGCAGGGGUGCAAGCCCUUACACCCGGGAGUGCCACCCCAUGCUCUGGGGAUACAGGCUACAGUGAUCAGCGUCUGGACACACCCCCCUCUUCCAUGGCAGGGCCCUACACCCCAGCCUCCUCUGCUUCCUCUCAGGGUGGUGGGACUCCUUACACCUCCAGAUCUGGGACUCCGUUUUCACAAGACUCGGGCUAUGUUGCUGGCAGACAUGCUGGUUACAACACGGGGGCCUUGGGCAGUGGAUACCCUCCCCAGGAUAUGCUACCUUCCUCCUCCUCGUCCUCUGCUGUCUCAUCCUCUGUUGGAGGGUACAAAGUUUCCCGUUACCCUGAGGAUACACAGGACCCUUCAGUGUUCCACCGAGGUCGCCCUAUGUACCCCCCAAAUGUUUCCUACCGUCCCAAUGAGCCACCGUGCUACCCCACAUACCCCAAUGCUGGAGGACCUGGGCCGCAUAUGGCACACCACUCUUCAAUGCCUCCACCGCUGCCUGCCGCCCAAUUUGAUCAGCCCCCACUAUCAGACAGGGACCGGGACAGGGAGAGGGACCGCGACAGAGACUCAGGGGGACGCUACGGUGGCGGUGGUGGGAUCGGAUCCAGGAGGUCCUCUUACCACCACCAGCAGGAAACAAAUUCUUCCUCAAAGUACCAUUCCCAUCACUCCCACCACCAUUCAGACCGCAGGGAUGACAGGGGCUACCGGCGGGACAGCCUGGGCUCCCGAUCAGGAGAUCAUGGCCACCAGAGGCACCGCAACCACCACCAUUCUCACAACCAUCACAGCAGCAGCCGCAGGCGCAGCAGCCAUGACCGGGACAGGGACAGGGACAGAGACAGAGAUAGAGACCGAGACAGCGACUACUCCAACAGCUCUGACCCCAGAUACAAUUCCAACUCCUACCGCUCUUCCUCAAACAGCAUGUCUCCUCCCCCUUCGUCUUACUCGGCUUACUCCUCCUCAAAAGAGCCUGCUCCUGCACCUCCGCAUGAACCUCCCGUUUCCUCUCGUCUCAGCGGCACUGGCCUUGGUGAGAGGGGCUCUCUGUCAGCCGACAAAGACUACCACGCAGCUCACCACAGCGCUCUGCCGCCACCUCCCCCGCCGCCUCCUCCUCUCCCACCAGCUUCUGUCAUAGCAGCAGCUGUAGCUGAGACAUUUGGAGCUGUAGACUUCAGCCAGGACAGCCCGGCCCGCGAGGAGCAGUGGACCAAGCCCAAACGCCGUCCCAGCACCCCGCCCGUCCCACCAAAGACACCUCCACCCUCCUCCCCACCCCAUUCCUCCAUCGCCUCCUCUUCCACAUCCCCUUCCUCUACAUCCCUCCCACACCAUCUCCCCUCCUCUUCCAGCUCCCCGCCCCCCCCUCAGCGUGACUCCUCGUCCCCGGAACCAGAUUCCACCAAUGAGAGCUUGCCCUUUGUCUACCACAGCAGCAGCCUCGACUCUCGAAUCGAGAUGCUUCUAAAGGAACAGAAGGCUAAAUUCUCCUUCCUCGCUUCAGAUGAGGAGGAUGAGGAGGAUAGGAAAGAGGAGCGGCAGAGAGGCGCAGGGGCAGAUGGAGGAGAGCAAGUAGGAGGGUCAGGAGAUGUAAUGGGGGAGCACAGGAGUGGUAAUCAGAUGGUUGACGAUGUGGAUAAGGACCAUAGAAGGAAAGGGGAAAGAGACAGAGACAGCCGUAGAGGGAGGAAACAAGGGAAGGGAGGAGAGGGGAGGAAAAGUCCCACCGUAAUUGCAGCAGCCACACCAUCUUCUUCCACCUAUUCCCCCCACAUCCCUGCCUCAGAAGACCCCCAGGCCCAGAGCAGCCUCUCAGGAACUGGGGCUUUGCAGGAGGAAGCCGCACAGGCUGGAUCUGCUGAUGCACGGAGCAGGACUGGUGCACACACACCACCUUACAAUGGGCAGAGUCAGUCGUCUCCCCAUUCCUCUGGGGAAGACAUGGAGAUCUCUGACCAGGAGGACGAGAACACCAUAACGACAGUGACUACCCAUCAGCCCUCAGCCUCAUCGGCUUCUUCCCCGUCUUCAUCCCAGGCUGCCUUGCCUUCGCAAACUACAGACCCCUCGUCUUCACCCCCACCCAUCUCUGACUCUGCACAGCACUUUGGCACUUCCAUGCACCCUCCCAUGCCCUCCUACCCUCCUCACUUGCCUCCUCCACCACCUCCUGGUUAUUCCCUCCAGCCUCCCCCUCCCCCGGGCAUCCCUCCACUGCCCCACAUGGAGCUGCACCCUGAGUACCCCCCUCCCAUGCCCCACCAUAUGUAUGACUAUGCCAGCUCCAUGGAGCUGAUGAACCAGUACAGCGGUGGAGCUCCCAUGUCCUUCCAGAUGCAGACCCAGAUGCUGAGUCGUCUGCACCAGCUCCGCAUGUCCUCAUCCAAUGGCACCGCGGUCCCUGGCGAGGCGGCCCCUGCAGACUACUCCAACUCCUACCAUCUCCACUCUAUGGCUCCUCCUCACGCACACCACCCCUACAUGGACCAAGAGGGGAGCGGGGCGGGCUCUCAUUAUGAUCAGGACCACCGUUACAUGCCCCCUCACAUGCCCUAUGCCUACCCCGACCCUCAUGGCACUCAAAUCCCGCCCCCUCCCCACCACGGCAUCCCACCUCCUCAUACAGGCUGGCCACCACAUGUCCUUCCUCCACACUACCCCUCCUACAUGCCCCCACCCGGCUACGGCACCAUGCCACCUGGGGAUGGAGACGAGUACCGGGCUCCGGGGGAGGAGAUGCCCUUGCUGGCUGAGAACCCCCAUGAGGCCACGGUGCAGAUGGUCCUGGCCACUCUGAUCCAGGAGAUGAAGAACAUCAUGCAGAGGGACUUGAACCGCAAGAUGGUGGAGAACAUUGCCUUUGCCACCUUUGACGAGUGGUGGGAGAGGAAAGAGACCAAGGCCAAGCCUUUCCAGACAAUGGUCAGGGGGGUGUCUGCCUUACGGGACGACGAGAAGAAAGAGGAGAAGGUCAACCGCCCUCGCGAGCCUCUCAUGUCUCUGGUUGACUGGGCAAAGAGCGGUGGAAUGGAGGGCUUUUCUCUGCGAGGAGCUCUACGUCUGCCUUCCUUCAAGGUGAAGAGGAAAGAACCUCUGGAGCUUGAGGAGGGAGACAUGAAAAGGCCGCGACCCUCGACCCCACCGGAUGAAGAUGAUGAAGCUGCUGAUGAGAGACGGCCAGAAGCUGACAGACACAGAGCAGAAAGGGACAACAAAAGGAGGAAAAAGAAGCCGAGAAGUCGGAAACCUUGGGAGCUGGACAGCGAGGGAGAGGAGACCUCUGAUGGCUCUUCAACUGAAAAGGAGGAUGAAGAAGAGGAAAGUGAAAAGUCUGAUGAUGGUGCCCUUAGCGCUGAUAGCGAUGAUGAGAGCCUUUCUUCAUCCUCUGAGGGCUCUUCCUCUUCAACUUCCUCAUCUUCAUCAUCCUCUGAAGAUGAGGAUGAAGAGGAGGGAGAGAGGGCUGACAGUGAAGGGCUGGACACCAUGGAUGAGUCAACCAUGGACAGCUCAACUCUGGAUGCCGAGAAAGAUGAUGACAGGGAAAGCACCACAGCUGCGGUUUCCACGGCAGAUUCCAAAACAGGGGACACUGAUGAUGGCAAGGCGGUUACAUCAGCAGCAUCCACCAAGCGCCCUCCAUCCCCCCCGUAUCCACGCCCUUCCUCUCCUGUUGUUCUUGUCCCCCCACUCAAGAAACGCAGGAAGACGGUCUCAUUCUCCACAGACGAGGACAACAAAACGUCGCUGCCAGCUGCACCGCCAUCUCCUUCUCCCUCGCAGGUGGUGGGUGAAUCUCCUCUCCUCUCCCCCGCCAGGCCUCCAGACUCCCCUGUCACCGCUGCCCCAACACCCUCAGCUCACCCGACCCAGGGCAUUCAGCUGCUCCCCUUUGCCUCCAAACCGGGUGAAGGCAAUGCCCUCAUUGUGCCCCCACCUGGACGCGCCCUGUACCCUGAUGAGUCCAAAAAGCCCCACGGACUCCCUGUGUCCCCACAGACCAAAUCCCCUGGCAAACGGGGAGCAGGCAAGGACUCCCCCAAAUCUCCUGCCUCGGCCCCUCCUGUUAUGGUGUGUCGCACUGUGCAAAAUCUGCCUUUGGACCACGCAUCCAUGUGCAGGAUGGCUUUCGAGGAGGCCCCUCCUCCUCCGCCUCCUAUCACCAAGCGGCCCAGAGGAAGGCCUCGGACAACCAGCCUCUCUGCUCCCCCCUAUCAGUCCCUCAGAGAGGAAGAGGAGGAUGAGGAGGAGAGUGAGCAGAGGCUGAGACUCAGGGAGCAGUUGGGGGCAUCAAGCCUCCUGCAGUUGGCCUCAGCCCCCACCACCGACCUGUCUGUGCUGGCUGAUGUGGCCCUGAAGAUGGAUCCAGAGGCUGGGGACUCUGAGGAGACUGAGACAUCAGAUGAGGCAGAGGAGCAGAAGAUGGAGGAGGAUUUGUUCUCUCCAGAGCCACUGGCCCUAGUUAUGAACCCAGAGGGUGUAACGGUCCUCAUGGAGCACAACUACUCAAAACCCCCUAUUCUUCUGGCACCCACUCCAAAGAGGACUUCCUCCAAACAGGACUCCUCUGUCCUGCUCCCAGCGGACCUCAACACUAUUUCUGGGGUGCUUGAGGCACCAGAGGAGGUCAUCGGGGAAGCACUGCCACCCAGGGGAGACACUGGGGACUACCUGUCUGUGAUGGACGAGCUGUGUGAGGCCGGCGAUGUGGCCAAGACUAUAUCUCUACCUCCAUCAUCUAAGAGGAAGGGCAUGGUUGGCAAGGGUUUCAACCUUGAAAAAGACAAGAGCAAAAAGAGAAGAAGGAAAGACAAGGAAAACCUGGAGGUUCUACACUCAAAAAAGCAGAAGGAGCGACCAGGGAAGAAACAGAGGAAACAGAAGCUAGAGGACUCAGACUUGGAGGAAGACGUGGAUGUCGAAGAGCUUGAGUCUGGAGAGCUGUCCAGCUCAGACACCGAGGACGACGUGGUUGAAGAAGUGAGGAAGAGUGAGCGCCUCUUCCUUCAGGAGGCCGGGGUGACAUCGUCCCAGCGCUGGCCCAAACCCAUCCCGGCGCCGGAACUGCCACCCAUGAAGUUUGAGCAGCGAAGUGAGUUUGAGCAGAUGACCAUCCUGUACGACAUCUGGAACUCUGGCUUGGACAGCGAGGACCUGAUGCUGCUGAAAACCACGUAUGAGAAGCUGCUGCAGGACGACCACAGCACUGACUGGCUCAACGACACCCACUGGGUCAACCACACUAUUACCAACUUGCCGAACCCUCGGCGAAAGAAGAAGAAUGCUGACGGACAGCUUCGUGAACAUGUGACUGGCUGUGCCAGAAGUGAGGGUUAUUAUGCCAUCAGCCGUAAGGAGAAAGAUGUCUACCUGGACCUGGAUCUGCCUGAGCAGGUCAUACAGGAGGUGGAAAACGUCGACAGCUCGGGAACCAAUCGGGUGCUGUCAGAAAGACGCUCAGAGCAGCGCCGCCUCCUCACCGUCAUCGGCACCCCAGCCGUCAUGGACUCUGACCUGCUGAAACUCAACCAGCUCAAGUUUCGCAAGAAGAAGCUUCGUUUUGGGCGCAGCAGGAUCCACGAGUGGGGUUUGUUCGCCAUGGAGCCCAUCGCUGCUGAUGAGAUGGUUAUUGAGUAUGUGGGCCAGAACAUCAGACAGAUGGUGGCUGACAAUCGAGAGAAGAGGUACGCCCAGCAGGGCAUCGGAAGCAGCUACCUGUUCAGAGUGGACCACGACACGAUCAUAGAUGCCACCAAGUGCGGCAACCUGGCACGAUUCAUCAACCACUGCUGCACUCCAAACUGCUACGCCAAGGUUAUAACCAUCGAGUCCCAGAAGAAGAUUGUGAUUUACUCGAAACAGGCCAUCGCCGUAAACGAAGAGAUCACCUACGACUACAAAUUCCCCCUGGAGGAGAACAAGAUCCCUUGCUUGUGUGGGACAGAGAACUGCCGCGGGACCCUCAACUAGUGGCUGCACUUCUCUCCCUCACUUGCCAAAGGGAAUGGAUGGGUGUCCCCAGCGAGGCCCGCUCACCCCGCCCGCCUGCCUCAGACUGUACCUCGAAAACAAAGCCACCUUUCCCCAGUCCACACCUGAUCCUCCGGACGGCCCCGCAGCCGCCCCCACUGUACCCAGGAAACAGCGACGCACACACUUGCACUUUUCACGCACACUUCUCAUUCACUUGGCAGUUUCACAGGCCAUUACUUGAGGGGAUUGUGAAGAAUCUGGCAUGUGAAUAUUACGAGGGGGCCUCUGCUUCAGCGUUAGCUCUUUUGUAGCAGUAUUGUUGGACUGACUAGGUUAAUUUGUUCUGACCAAGUUGCUCCACGCAGCCAGGCAUGAAAGGUCUCUUUUUCCAUGCCAACAAUCUUUUUGAGGAAGACAGUGGAAACAGAUCAACACCAGUAUUGUGUCUCCGCCAUGGCUUACGUAAUCUUUAGCCUGGAUCCCUUUGCUAACCCUUGCCCACACACAAGCCCACACACCCAGAUCUGCAUACAGACGCACAGGAACAUCAACAAAUUGAUUCAGGGUUUUUAAAAGGCGUCGUUCAGGGCGCAAGUUUUAAGAUAACAAACUCCAACUAAUUUGGUCUUCAGUUAUGCAAGAUUUCCAAGUAUGAAGAUUGUUUUGGAGCUUUUUUUUAUUUCAUAGUAUAUUAUAUAUUAAUAUUACUAUUACUGUUGUUGUUAUUUAGUUGCGUUAGCUGUAAGUAUCUUACAGUCAAAAAAAGCUUCCGUGUGCCCACCCACUGUCCUCAGUGGCUUGUGAUUCACCAGCUUCAUAAAACUGUAGUGUUCCCCUCCUCCACUCUCCCUUUUUUGGUCACAACCCAGAGUUUGGAUGAGAAGCAAAUACCUUUGAAAUGUUGCUUUUAACCAUGCAAAUAUUGGUCAGAUAAGUUGUUGCGCCAUGUGUGUUUUAUUUUUUUUUACUUUGUUGUUUGCUUCUGCAGGGUCAGCACGACAGAGAACUGGCUUGUGUUUUUUUUUUUUUUUUUUUUACAUCUCCUCUAGCUUAAUGCUGUCACCUGAAGGUGAAGAGAACCUGAUGGGUGUUUUUUGUAGGACCAAGGUAGCAAAAAAAUACCCUGUGUGUGUGUGUGUGUGUGUGUGGGGCUGUGAUGGUAUAGAGUUUUUCUUAUUGCAGUGAAAAAGCAACAUCCCUGCAGUUUAGCACCAGCCCUCCCCCUGCGCCCUAUAUUGGCCCAUAUCUCCAGAACCGAACCUCCUAGUGACUGAAGGAAAAAGAAAUGACACUUCACACAUCUCAAAUUGGCGUUUGGCCCAUAUCUCCAGAACCAAACCACCUAACGAGGCGAACAAAGGAUGGAAGACAGUCAAUGAUGAUAACUAACUUAUAUUUCAUAUCACGUACCACAUGCACUUCUGUAAUUUUCACCAGCAAAAGAACUGAAAUCCCUAAAAUAAACUAAAAUAAAAUUGCGAUGACAGUAAUGAGCUCAACCCCGCAGUGGGCGUUUAUCGUCACAGCCCUACGUGUGUGUUUGUGUGCGCUGUCUGUAUCUGCUCCCUCCCUAUUGCCUCAGUGUGGUUUAUUUUAACCAGCAAAACAUUUUCUAUGAGUUCUCCUUCAACGCACCCUUAUUAAAAAAACAAAUGAUUAUACCCAAACUUUCCACAGGCCCCAGUAGCAACAUGUGGUGUCAAACUUGGUCACUGUGUGUGCUCUGAAUGUUCUUAAAAGGCACAUUUAUUAUGUCACGUCUGUUUCUAGCUCUUGCUUCUAGUCUUAGUCAGUUAGGGUUUUGUUAAGGUUUUUUUCCCACCUUUCCUAAGAAAGCAUUACUUUCAGCAUUUCAAAAGAGGGUGUGGAGAUGUUUGCUCCGUUUCAAAUGUCGCUCCCUGAGGACUUUGCUCAAUCAACAAGAGAUGUGCUGCAUACCGUUUCCUUGGAGUGUCGGUGUGAGCUGUGUGUGCUUGCUUGAUAGAUGAGCCUCAUGCACAGUUUGUGAUAAGCUGCAGAUGGAGUGGUGUGUAUGGCCAUUGUGUUGUCUGUCCCCCCUGCCCCCCAUAUGGUUUCUCAGCUCACGCAUACAGCCGUCCCAAGUUUUUAAGCUUUUAUUUUUAAUUUUUAACUAGCUGAGGACUCUCUCAUCUUCUCAUUUUGUUCCCUCCCAAACAGGAAAUUGUGUAAGAUAUUUCUUGUUGCAAUGAAAGCCUUUCAGUACAAACCAACCCUCUUUACUACAGGAUAAAAAGAUGAAAGGAAAAAAAAAAACUCAAAGAAAUAAAUGUAAAUAUUGUAGAGGUGUUUGUUUCUCGUAGAAACACACUGAUUCCAAGCUGUAAAUAUGUUCCUUUUCCUCUCUCCAUGAGGAGGAAACAUGUACAUACCUUCCAUUCAGUUAUUUUUUAUUGUUUUUUCCUUUUAAUUUGAUGAUUAUUAUUUUAAUAUUAUUUGCAAUAUUUCUCUUGUAUUAAUGCGUUGGACCCUUUAUUAAUGGUGCAUUAAAAUAUUUUUUAAAUAAA